GGCGGUCAGAAGUCAGAUGGGGGGCGGGAUUUGCAGUAGAUCACUAAGUGUGUCUAAGGCUCCUUGAUUGCCAGUUGAUUAGAAAUAGUAGCAACAACUCUUUCUCUCGCCCUGCAAAAAUGAAAGGAACUGUUUCUGAAUGUGAGAAAGCGCAGUGGGAAACCAGGACUGGACCCUUGAGUGAAAGGGCUGUAAUCAGGGUGACGUCUGCACUAUGCAUUUAGCACAAUAGGCACCGGGCCUUAUAAACAACCCUGGACCUGGCAGUUGACAUCACAGAGAAACAUGGGAUAGCAGUGUGUGAGUGACCCCUGCCAAGCCCCGGAGUUAAGAGAGGUGAUGGCGUCCGAACGCAGGAAUGCAGCUGUCUGGGCUGUCCCCCGAGAUGCCCUGCUGGAGGACACAGUGAAGACGGAGGCCCAGGAGGAGGCAUCGGAGUCUGAACCGGAGGAGGCUGCAGGAACAGGCCCCUUGGCUGUCCGCUCAGAGAGCCUCAAGGAAUUGUGGGAAGGGACCAUAACAGAGCACAUUAAGCAGGAACCCGAGGAAGGGCCUCAGGAGGAGUGCUGGGGAGCUCAGUGUCAGGGGCUCCUGAAGGCUGUGCGGUCUCCACAGUCUGAACCAGGAAACCUUCAGCUGGCCAGCAAUGGCCCAAGGGACACACAGGCUUCCUUUGAGGGGCGAUCAGACAUUGGGCUGCAGUCUGGGCGAGGCAGGGUGAUCCGCCACCUGCCUGGCCCUGGAGGAGACAUCCCCCAGCCCACCCACAGCGUUUUGGCCCUGGACCGUGUGGAAGUGAAGAAGGAGGCUCCCAGCCAGGAGGUGGAGCGCCUGUGCUUCAGGCAGUUCCUCUACCAGGAGGCCGAGGGGCCGCGAGAUCUCUGUGGGAUGCUGUGGAGGCUCUGCCACCGGUGGCUGCAGCCGGAGAGGCGCACCAAGGAGCAGAUCCUGGAGCUGGUGAUCCUGGAGCAGUUCCUGGCUGUCCUGCCCCCGGAGAUGCAGAACUGGGUCAGGGAAGGCGGGCCGGAGACUUGCGGUCAGGCAGUCGGCCUGGCGGAGGAUUUCCUGGAGAGGCAGCAAGAAAACGAGCACGAAAUACAACAGGUCCUCUGGCCCUUCAAGGAGAAAGCGGAUGAUUCCCCUGAGGCUGACGGGGCUCUGUCAGACUCUGGUGAGUGGCCGCUCACCAAAGUGGAGGAUUCGGCUGCUGAUGCCCCUUGGCUGGACAGUGAAAGGGCAUGUUGGAAGAAGAAUCUGCCAAUCAAUUCUGAAGGAGCUGAACUACGUUGGAUGCUGCCAGGGAGAUCAGAACAGACAGUUUCCCGUUAUCCUUACUGGGGAGAAGCAUCCGAAAACCAGCAGGAAACUCACCCCCAUAAUGAAGAAGGCAAAUCCGUUCCUUUCCAGCUCCCUGCCAUGCCAGUCCAGCAAAGGUUCCUCAAGGGUGAGACAUGCGCUGAGUGCGGAAAAUCCUUUCGCUGCAAGGCGGAGCUCACCGAACACCAGAGAAUGCACUCAGGAGAGAAACCCUACAUCUGCUCCGACUGUGGGAAGAGCUUCUGCAGUAGGAGUGUCCUGGUUGCCCAUCAGAGAAUCCACACCGGGGAGAACCGCUUCAGUUGCUCAGAUUGCGGGAAGAACUUCAGCCAGCAAUCGCAUCUUACGGCACAUGAGAGAACCCACAGGCAAGAGAAGCCCUUCGUUUGCCCAGAUUGCGGACAGAGCUUUAGAGGGCACAGUGGGCUUGCGGCUCAUCUGAGAAUCCACACGGGAGAGAGGCCCUACCAUUGCCCAGACUGCGGGAAAAGCUUCCGGCAGAGAUUUGACCUUAACCGACACCAGAGAAUCCACACGGGCGAGAAACCGCACCAGUGUCCCGACUGUCCCAAAAGCUUCAGGAACAGGUCGGCUUUUGUCGUGCACCGGAGAAUCCACACCGAGGAGAAACCGUACCCGUGCUCUGGGUGUGGCAAGCGUUUCCGUCAUCGCACAAACCUCCUCACGCACGAGAGGCUCCACACGGGAGAGAAGCCCUACAAGUGUACGGUGUGUGAUAAGAGCUUUGUCGAAAGCUCGUCCCUCAUGAAACACAAGCGAGCCCACACGGGCGAGAAGCCCUACAAGUGUGCCGAGUGUGGGAAAUGCUUCUCUCAGAACGCCGGCCUGGUUCAGCACGAGAAGAUCCACACGGGAGAAAAACCCUUCCAGUGCCCAGACUGUCCCAAAAGCUUCCGGGACAAGUCGGCCUUUGUCGUUCACCACAGGACGCACACGAGGGAGAAACCGUUUCACUGCUCGAUCUGCGAGAAGAGCUUCAGCCAUCGCUCCAACCUUCUCAAGCACGAAAGAACCCACACUGGGGUGAAGCCAUACAAGUGCCUGGAGUGCGGAAAGGGCUUCACUCAGAAGUCAAGCCUCCUCUCGCAUUCAAGAAGCCAUCGGCCCCGUAUACCUGAAGGAGCGUCUCCACUCGCAUCGUUCAGCCUGGGCAUGGAGGUCCAGCUCCGUGGAGGGCCUUCAGGCAGUUCCGUCACUGUGAAAAGUGAAGCUAUAGGGAACCAAGCAUUGGGCCUUCUCAGUAGUGGCGCCUGCCCUGUGGAAUGCCCUCCCCUCAGAGGUCAGAAAGAUAAACAACUGCACGACUUUCCGGAGAAAUCUGAAGGCAGCUCCGUAUUGGGAAGUUUUUAAUAUCUGAAGUUUCAUUGUAUUUUUAUAUUCUGUUGGAGGCCGCCCACAGUGGCUGGGGCAACCCAGUCACAUGGGCGGAGUACAAAUAAUAAAUAAUAAUGAUGAUGAUGAUGUAUACAUUGGCUUAGAGGGUGGGGAGUACUGUCCCCCUGGGCAUCCAUGGAGGAGCAAAUGGCUGAACAAUAAAAUAAGGUCACCUGUC